CCUCCCUCCCGUCUCCCGCGUGCGCGACGCAGUCUCACGCACUCACGCACGCACUCGGGCUAAAGCCAUCCAGCAGCAGAGAGAGAAAUGGCGGCUGCCGGAGCCUGCGCUCCUUCCUCGGCGCCGACGCUGCCGUGCGCCUUCUCGCCGGCUUCGCGGAACUACCUGGCCGUGUGCGCGCAGGACGGUCGCCUGCGUGUCUGGGACGCCGACUCGCGGGCGCUCCACCGCGAGUACGUGCCCUCCGCGCACCUCAGCGCCACUUGUACGUGCAUCUCCUGGGGACCAUGCCGAGCGACCAAGGAGGGGCCUCAGAGGAAGAAGAGGAAGUCUGAGGCGGGUCCAGGAUCAGCUCAGCAGUCGGAUCUGUUGGCUCUGGGUACAGCAGCGGGCACCGUCCUCAUCUACAGCACGGUGAAGGGAGAUCUCCACUGCACUCUGGAUGGAGGGCAUAGUGGAAGUGUGAACAGCAUUCAGUGGCACCCCAAAGAAUCCGUUCUGUACAGCGGCUCAGACGACACACACAUCGCAGAGUGGGACCUGAAGACGGGGAAAACACGCUGUAAAUGGAAAGCGGACAGAGCAGCGGUGACGAGUCUGUGUGUGAGUCCCGAUGGGAAACUCCUGCUUUCUGCCGGGAUGACCAUCAAAAUGUGGGACCUGGAGACCAAGGAGGUGUACAGGAAGUUCACAGGUCACUCCACCACAGUAACGACCCUGUGCUUCGCCACGACACGACCCCCGGACAGUGACGGACUCUACUUCCUGUCUGGCGCGGCUCACGACCGACUGCUCAGCGUGUGGCAGGUACGGUCUGAUGGCAAAGACAAGAACUCUGUUGUAUCCUUCACGCUAACAGAAGAACCCCAACACAUCGACCUGCAAACAUCCAACAGCAAAGACGAGGCGGUGCGGUUAGCAGUGGUGUGUAAAGAUGGACAGCUACAUCUCUUUGAGCACUUUCUCAACGGGCCGUGUAAAAAGCCCCUGUCCCCAGUGUGUUCGGUUCAGGUGUCGAGCUCUGGUGAGAGCGCCACCCCGAUGCCCGUCUCCUUGCUGGCUGCAGCUCUGUGUUCAGACAGACAGAACGUCAUGAUGGCGUAUGGCAGCCACCUACAACCAGUCAUCGAGAAAAUGCCCAUCAACACUUCAGAGAGACACGUGUGUCUGAUUCGAGACGUUCACACGACGCUCUCGAUUUCUGUCGACGCCGCAGUCACAAAGGUGAAGACGCCCAUCGUGAACGAAAAGAAGAGCAAAGUUUUAAUACCGGGACUUCCCGGGCAUCAAGCGCCCAUCAAAGCCACUCCCAGCCAAUCAGAGAAGAGGAAGAAAGAAGACGUUCCUACGGAGAUGUCGAUAGAGGAACGUUUGGAGCAGAUCGAGCUGAGCACAUCAGGAGGUAAAGGUGAAGGUAAAAGAGCUUUGGCUUCGCUCCAGACGGACAGCUACGCCGUUCUGCUUGUUCAGGGCCUCGAAAGCAAAGAUGAGAAGAUCCUCAACAAACUCUUUCAAACUAAGAAGGAAGUCUUGAUUAAGAACACGGUGGCUCGGCUGCCUCCUCCGGUUGUCCUGCCUCUCGUCGAGGAGCUGUCAAGGAGACUCCAAGGACAUCCCUACGCAGCGAUUCUCAUCAUACAGUGGCUGAAGGCCGUGUUGACACAGCACACGUCGUACUUGUCAUCGAUCCCGGAUCUGGUGUCUCAGUUGGGGGCACUGUACUACAUGAUCGAGAGUCGGGUGAAGUUGUACCAACAGCUGACCAGACUCCAUGGCAAGCUGUACCUGUUAAUGACGCAGGUGGCGACAAACAACAGUUCUCACAAAGCAACCAACCUGGAUCGCCAAGCCAAACUGGUGUAUGAGGAAGAGUCCUCAGAUGAAGAGGAAGGUUCUGGAGAUGAAGGACGGCCCGACGACGACGACUCUGAUAGCUGGGAGGAGGAGGACGAGGAGGACAAGGAGGAAGGGAUGGACGUAACUGAGGACAAAGAUAAAAACGCAGAUGAGGAGGACGAGAGCGAGGAGGAGGAGGAGAAGGACGAAUCCAAAGCAAACGGCGAUUCGGACUUAGACCCUGAGAGCGAAGAGGAAUGAAACAAAAUAAUUAGCUUGAAAAAUUUAUAUAUUAUACGUUUGUUUUAUUUUUUUUCCCUGUUUUCAUUUUAUUGUAAAAAAACAAAACAAAAAAAACAAAAACAAUUAAUUUACAAAAGCCUGUUUUAUAGAGUUCCUACGUGUCAUGGACUGAAAGUGGUCGAGUCCCAGGGCAGCGACAGAUGUGAACACGGCAUGAACGUUCGUCUCUAAACCUUUUUUUUUUUUAUCUUCUCUUGACCCCAGACUGCUUGUCCUUUUAGUUUUCCUUCCUUUUUUUUUUUUGGUGAUGUGGUACCAGUGUAUCUCACCUUUUGGGAUCUACAGUCCAGGCUUUGCAGGUGUAUUGCUUCUUUUUCAAACCAUUAUUCAAAAUCUCACUUUUUUGAGAUUACAUUUCUGUAAUUGGCAAAAAUUCACUUUGUCCUCCAUUUUUGCCGAAAUCCUUCUGAGAGUUUCUGUUUCCAAGUUACGCAAAAAAAAAUCUAUCAUGACCUGAUGGUGAACUUGGGAGAAAGUUGUUCCCCAUGUAUCACGUUUACAGCAUAAAAUACGCAUCGGACACGAAAGUAUAUCGGGUACUUCAUCAGAUGCAGCCGUAAAAGACGGAGCUUUAGUUGCUUUUUAUUUUAUUUUAUUUGUUGCGGGAAAGGUUAGUGUUACUUUUGCUUGAUUUGUAUGUUCGUAAAUCAAGUUUAAUCAAGUAUGAGACUAAACAGGCUGGUAGGAAAUCAGCUCUUAAGUCAAUUGAAUCUAAAUUGGAUUUAAAUACAAACUUCCAAAAUCUUCUGAAACCGUGACUGUUUCACGGACUGAUCCCUGACCCGGUCUCCGAUCCCCGGACUCUUCACCUUCUGUCCAUUUCAUUUAGCCUUAACAUCAGUUUUUCUCCCUGAACCACUCCUCACUUCUUUUUUCUUUUUUGUUUUGUUAUUUUCCAUCAGCCCUGCAGUGUUGUUGAAUCGUGUCCGUUUUCUUUAAUGACGGUUUCAGAGUCGAGGACGACGACGUGAAUGUUGCUCAAUUCGGUGAAUAAUAAUAAUAAGUCAGAAACGUUGGUUGCUUCAAGUGGGGGGAAAAAUUGUCAACCUUUUUCAAUACACGCAGUAUAUAUAUAUCAACGACUGUUGUACAGUUGAAAUGAAAUAAAUUCCUUUUUGUUCUCAGA